ACCCAUAACAAACCUGCGCAGUUGGCCAUAAGACAACGUGUCUGUAAGGCCAAAUUACUUUUACACAGAUAUUAAUAUGAGUCUCCUGCAUAGGAACACUUCGUGAAGAAGACUGCCUAAUAUUGAUAAAAGUCGCCGAGGCGAAAUACAUCACAGAACCAUUCCAAGCUGUAUUCGUUACGGAACGAUGUAAUGAUUUUUGUCGGGAACGGCUAGCUCGCAGUCUGUCACCUUAAAGUAGAAGAGAAGUGCUCAGACGUGAACUCACUUAUUCUGACUGCUUGGUUAGAAGAUAGUCACCAGCGAUUAACAAAAAGAAAACGUUUUCUGGUAGUUGGAUUUAGACACCUUGACAUUGACAAUGUUUGUAGUUUGGAUAUUUCUUACUGGAAUGCAUGUCACUAUGGUCAGUGUCUCCAACGCAUCCACUGAACCUUCACCAGCAACUCAAGAUGGGUGCGUGGAUCUCCUUGAUGAUGCACGACGAGCCCUAGGUAACAUCAGUGCUACCUCAGAGUACUCUGUCGUAACACUUACCUUGAACCAGGCCAUAAUCAUGACGGCAAUUUUUGGAUUGUUUUGCAUAACGCUGGCACAUGCUUUCAACUGGAUUCGGGUUCAUGUAUACGAAGAUCAGGCAAAUUUGGACACUGAUUUCGAUGCUGGAGGACAAGUAUCAAUUGGACUGACUGCUACUACAGUGGUGUCCCAAUGGACAUGGGCAGCAACCCUACUGCAAUCAUCAGCAGUUGCAACAGCGACGGGUAUAAGUGGACCAUUCUGGUAUGCUGCUGGAGCUACAAUUCCACUUCUACUUUUCGCUUCUCUUUCUGCCCAAAUGAAAACCAGAGCCCCAGGUGCGAAGACGUUUCUGCAAGUAAUCAAGGCACGGUUUGGACCACGUACUCAUCUUGUGUUUUGUUUCUUUGCACUCCUGACUAAUGUCAUUGUGACUGCAAUGCUCAUGUUAGGUGGAUGUGCUGUAUUGACGAGUCUAGUGGAUGGUCUGAGCUUGGAGCUAGCCGCCAUGGCAUUAGCGGCUGUUAUAGGAACAUACACAUUCAUUGGAGGUCUGGGCGCUACCUUCUACGUCUCAUACUUCAAUACUUCUGUCAUUUUCAUCAUUAUGCUGCUUUUCCUAAUCAAGGUUUAUCACGACCCGACUGAUAGUCCAGAUAACCCGCUCGGCAGUGCAAAAAAAGUGUUUGACUUAAUUUCUUGCUCAGAAGGCCCAGUUGGAAACUGGCAGAAAAGCUACCUGACAUUCUUAUCACCCAAUGGCAUCAUGUUUGGCGUCGUAAACAUUGUUGGGAACUUCGGUACGGUAUUUGUGGAUCAGUCGUACUGGCAAAGUAGCGUUGCUGCUAAACCACGUCAGGGAAUGUGGGGAUUUCUUAUCGGUGGCUUGGUUUGGUUUGCAAUCCCCUUCUCUUUUGCGACUACGAUGGGUCUGGCGUAUGUUGCACUGGGCACCCACCGUGGAGAACCACUAUUAACAGCUUCACAAGUUGGAGAAGGUUUGGUUCCCCCGGCUGUAGCAAAGGAACUCAUGGGUCCAGUUGGAGGUGUACUUAUGGUUAUUCUGAUUCUCAUGGCUGUUACAUCAACUGGAUCGGCGGAAGUUAUUGCUAUUACUUCAAUCAUCGUUUACGACCUGUACCAGAUACACCUGAAACCGUAUAGGAGCUCAGCAGAUACCAACAGCUGCUUACUUUGUGGUAAAUCCAGAGGGAGGAUGGCCAACAAGAGGGAUAUGUGUUCUUGUUGCAAUAUGGGCAACUGUAAUUCGUGUACAACAGAUACCAGAGUGCGGACAGAAUGCAAGCGAGCGUUAAAACCACACUACAAAUGCAAAUCCCAUGGCGCUUAUCGAACCUACUUGGAACUUCUGAAGUUGAAAAGAGACUGGGCAAUACUAUGGGUUGCUAUCUGCAUUAUUCCACUCACGUUACUCUUCAACAUUUUGCAGGUAACACUGAGUGGGGUAUACUCUGCAAUGGGUGUAUUCAUUGGCUCAUCUGUGUGUCCAAUUGUUCUGAGUACCUUCUGGACACGUCUUACCAGCAAGGCUAUGGCAUGUGGCGCAAUCUUUGGUAUGUUUCUUGGAAUCGCUGCGUGGCUGAUCUCAGCAACUUUACUGUACCACAAAUUUGACCUGUCGGCAUUUAUGAGGGGUCAACAAGGAGGAAAUGCAUUUGAGGUGAGCAUGUUAAUCGGUAACUGCGUGUCCCUUCUCUCUGGUGGCAUAAUCACUGUAUGUUUCAGCUUUGCCACUGGAAAAAGGUUAACUGAAGAAGAAAGUUUAGAAAUCUGGGAGAAAACUCGGGACAUCGACAAUCCACUUUCACCGUGGACUGAGUUGUAUGUCAGGGAAUUCAACAUAACUGACGUGAAGUUGGUGUAUAACAGGCCGUCGUUGGCUCAAAUGCUUCAAGAAUUCAAGCGGACAAGGUACGCCGUGCUCAUUAUCGGCGUGGGAACUACUGUUAUGUUUGUUCUUGUCUGGCCAAUUAUUAUGUCUUCAUUACUCAUAAUUACCGAUGUGCAAUUUCAACACUGGAUCAAUUUGACGGAUACUUGGGCAUUUACUGCCGCUGUGUUUAUCAUUACUGUGCCUCUCGUGACAGAGGUCAAAGACAUUAUACAACAGUUCAAACACAAGAGGGCGCGAGUUCGGGUCGCUCCAACGACAACUGGCUCUGCAGAGUCACGUAUCGCUGAGGAACGAGCUUGACUUGAGCUACAACAUGUAAUUGUAGAGUUGCAAUGAAAACGGGAAAAAUCUCACAACGCGGACAAAAUAAAAGAUGGCACUGUACCACGUGUUCCGCCACAGUAAGCUAAGGUCUAUACCGAGACUAGACGAUACGUGAAGGUGUAAAUUCAAAACUUAAAAAGGCAAAGAAAGUAAAAGUUACAAGAAAUGAAAAAAGGCAAUAGAAAAGUAAGUCCAAACCCUCUUCUGACCCGUGCAUGCAUAUAUAAUAACCUUAAUAAACACUUAAUCAUAAUUAACAACAAUUUCUUUUAAAGUUGUAGGCCUAUACUGUUGAUUCAGUGAGUAUUAAUCUGUAGACCUGUCUCAGAAUUAGGAUGUGUCUCCAAAAUUUAGUUUAAUUAGAUAAAACUGCAGUGUGAAGACUUAUUCUUUCUUCACAGCGUGAUAAUUCCGACCAAAAUUACAAAGAGCCUCUACCUCGACGACCAGUACUGCUUAGCCAAUACCGGGUUAAUGCAUUGUUAGUCCAUUAGACACCAGUCUUAUCACGUAUCUCAGGAUAGGCAGAUAAUAACAAACCUGUAAAAAUGUUGAGCUCAAUUGGUCAUCGAAGUUGCGAUAUAAUAGUGAAAGAAA